CCAUAUCCGCAAAUUUGACACGCCACACAAACCACGAAACAUGGGAUGCUGCGACUGAAAAAACUAAGUUGAAGAUGAAAUGGAUUGACAAACAAAUAUAAAGAUAAGGUCACGGAAUGUGGUCAUUCUUUUCAAGAGAUCCUGCAAAGGAUUUCCACUAUGAAAUCCUCGAAGUUGUCCCAGGUUUAGAAGAAAAGUCGAUUUGGACUGUCCACCACGGAAAGAAAAAGGGUACGAAUGAACCAGUCUCCGUUUUUUGUUUUGAUGUGAAAGGCAGUAGUGAAUCUCAGGUACAACUUGCAAAAGGAGCUUUGAAGAGAAUAAAAACUCUACGCCACCCAAACAUACUCACAUUUCUUGAUGGCAUUGAGACCGAGAAGGUUAUUUAUUUUGCAACUGAACCUGUUGUUCCGCUGGAAACCUACCUGAAGGACAAUGAAAAUCGAGGUGACCAGAACACUCUGGCAAUCUCAUGGGGAAUCCAUCAAAUUGUGAAAGGAUUAUCAUUCCUGGUAAACGAUUGUAACUUGAUACACAACAAUGUGUGUAUGGCGUCCGUGUUUGUGGACCCCGCGGGGGAGUGGAAGUUGGCGGGUGUUGACUACAUGUACCCUGCUCAGGGGCAGGACUCUAUACCACCAGUCAAAAUAUUACCAAUACUGGAAAAGUAUGACCCUCCAGAGAAGUCGGAUCUACGUAGGGGAAUACGUGGAGAAAAAUGGUCAUCUGAUAUGUGGGGUCUAGGAUGUCUUAUCUGGGAGGUCUUCAGUGGUCCACUACCAAAGAACACAUCUUUAAAAUCCUUAGGAAAGAUCCCCAAGUCCCUAGUGCCAAAUUACUGUGAGUUAGUAGGAGCCAACCCGAAGUCACGGCCGAACCCAGCGAAAUUCAUAGAAGACAGUCGCAGGCCCAACGGUUUCCUCAAUAACUCAUUUGUUGAUACAAUGAUGUUUCUGGGAGAAAUACAGAUUAAAGAGCAGUCAGAAAAGACAACAUUUUUCAGUGGAUUGACAGCAUCACUUGACCUGUUCCCUGAAGUAUUUUGUAAACAAAAGAUUCUUCCCCAGCUGCUAUAUGCGUUCGAGUACGGUAAUGCUGGGUCUGCUGUGUUAGCUCCCCUUUUCAAGCUUGGGAAAAAGUUAGAUGUUGACGAAUAUCAGAAAAAGAUAGUGCCAUGUGUAGUGAAACUCUUCUCAUCUUCAGAUAGAGCGACCCGAGUCAGACUUCUACAACAGGUCGAUUCUUUCAUUGACUUCCUCCAGCCGAAUGUUAUCAACGACCAGAUAUUUCCCCAGAUCUCCACGGGUUUCAUGGACACGGUACCAGCCGUGAGGGAGAGUACCAUCAAGGCAAUGUUACAUAUGGCGCCAAAAUUGAAUUACAAAAACAUGAACGAAGAACUGAUGAAACACUUUGCUCGUCUUCAAGCUAAAGAUGAACAGGGAGGCAUUCGGACCAACACCACUGUAUGUCUGGGGAAAAUCGCUGGCUGUCUUAAUCCUCAGGUGAGACAGAAGAUUAUUAUAUCUGCAUUCCUACGAGCUCUGAAGGACCCAUUCCCACCAGCACGGCAGGCUGGAAUUCUCGCCUUGGCAGCUACCCAGAACUACUACCAACUGAAGGAGGUAGCCAACAGAAUACUACCUCCCUUAUGUGCUAUGACCAUGGAUCCGGAGAAAAGUGUUCGUGACCAGGCAUUUAAAGCAAUCAAGGGAUUUAUUGUCAAGCUUGAAAAAGUCUCGGAAGACCCAGAGCUUGCAAUUGAAAUGGAGAAGGACGUGAUGGUUGGAGGCUCUGCCAUGGGAUCAGCCGGCAGCUGGACCGGAUGGGCAGUGACAGGAAUGACCUCAUUAACUUCCAAAAUAUACAGCAAGGCCAAGUCUGGUACAGGAGCUCCAAAACCAACUAUGUCUGGCUCUACCCCAAAACCAACUGACUCGCAGCCUCAACAGACAAAACAGUCAAGCCCGAGCCAGGAGCCUACACCAGAACCUUCUCAGGAGGAGGAAGAAGAGGAGGGCUGGGAUGAAGAGGACUGGGGAAAUAUGCAGGAAAGACCUGUUUCGUCGCCCACAUCAAAGACUGUACAGAGCCCUGGGGAUGGCUGGGAUGACAAUGACAACGAUGAUAACUGGGGAAGUUUGGAAGACACUGGACAACCACAACCUUCUAGCCAGUCAGUGAGCAGUGGGGGUGGAAUGAGGCUGGAGAAGAAGACGAAGUCUCCAUCUGAUGACUGGAGUGGAGGAUGGGGCCAGGAGGAGGAGGAAAAGGAGGACUUUUUAUCAAUCGAGGACAGCAGUCUUCAGCCUGCUAGUGCCUACAACUGGGGCGGAACUGAAGAACCAGUUGGGACUGACUUCUUUUCUUCAGCUAUGGGUUUACCUAAGAAGAAAACUCAGCGACCUGUGCAGCAAUCAACCAAACCUUCAAAUGCAAAAACUACACAAUCAAGGGACACAAGAGAAAAACCUACACACAGUGACUCAAGACCUAAAUCUAAGUCCAAGUCCCCCCCUCCACAGUCUGGGUUGGGCGAGGACUCAGGAUGGGAUGAUGGUGAAGAUUGGGGUACUGUCGGGUCCACAAGUGGUACCACCACCACCACAAGGGCAACAAGCCGACCACCCGAGGACUCCAGGGGGUCAACAGGCACAGACACGCAAGAGACAGGCUGGGGAGACAGUGGAGGAGGCUGGGAUGACAGCUCAUGGGAUACAGGGUCCAGUAAAAGUGAUAUUGCCAGAAAGAAAAAGGAGGAACGGGAGCAGAAGAGGCUACAACGACAAAAGGAACUACAAGAUAAAAGAGAAGCCAAGAAAGGAAGCGGCGCUCUAAAGCUCGGGGCCAAGAAGAUGGCCAUGGACUAAGUUGUGUUCACCAUAUGUACUGUGAUAUUGUGCUUGUUUCGUCUCAACAUGCUCAUGUUCUGCUUAUGCAAAGUGACUCAGUCCUGUGGUGUAAAUGGAAAUAAUGUAAUUAACAAAACAAUAAUAAGUAUUUAAUGCAAUCUUGUUAGAAACACUUUUAUCUCUUCAUCUUUCCCUAGUUUGAGUCAUGAGAAAAUUCUUCCGUUUCUUGUAGGUGAUCCGGUCGUUAAGUUAAGUUAAUCGCGACGCAAAUUAAAUGAAGUUCCAGAAAGUUGACAAAGGUUCCUGUAAACAGCUUACUCUUUGUGAGAGAAGUGUUUGUUUUUACCGGAAUUUGCAAAGAGAACAAGUUGUUAAUUUUGGAACAUUGCUUUGGACAUCUCUUAACAAGUAAUAUGAAUGAGCAGUUUUGUUCUUUACACAGAUUGGAGAACUUGGUUGAAAAACAAAAGGUUUUGAAAUAAUUAAAAAAAAAACAUCUAGAAAGCUGCUGUUUUAUGAAUGAAAGUGUAAUAUGAUCCAAAGAAAGAGAUUUUGCUUCUCUAUAUCAUUUGGAAAUAAACAAAUCCAUUAAAUUAAUUUUCAGUGUCAUACAUUGAAGGGAUACAACACAGAUCUGAGAUUUUUUGUCUGGUAGCUAUAUGUUUACAAUGAACUAGCAAUACAGUUUAGCAGAGUUAAAUGUAUGUAGGACAUUAAUUUUAAGAACAAGUUAAAGAGAAUGAUUAUAUCAAUCAUGAUGUUUAUUAAAUUUGCUAUUCAUUUUCAAUAAAAAUACAUGUUGCUACAUGUAUUUUUUCACAAUUUUUGAUGACCUCCAUAAUUCUGAAAAAUGCAGAUCUAUGUUUUAAAAAAACUCAUCUUCAGACAAGUAUUUUUGCGUAUCAAAAUGUUGUAAAUGUCUGAAUAUUAUGGUUUGAAGAAAACGGUUUGUUAAAUGAAUUCUUCCUAACAGGGUGCAUAGGAAAUUGUUUGAUGAUCUUGUGCUUGGGAAGGGGUAAAUGCUUUAUUGAUAGAUGAAAUAACCUUUUCUAUUUAUAUCUAUACCGAGACAUGCUGGUGUUUAUGUUUCAGGGAUGGUUCUGUACGAGUCAGGUGUCAAUGGUUGUUAAUAAGUCCUUGUGAGAAAGGAUUGUUAAUGCAAGUUAUUAAAAUAGGAGAUACUAUUAAACAUAAUUA